AUGGAUCAGCAACAAUCCCCUCUCUUCCGCCUACCUCGCGAGCUGCGCGACAACAUAUACGAACACUAUGCGCAUGACGAGAAGGGCCUUUUUUACGACUAUGCCUCAAACAAGAUGCGGUAUGAGAGCCAGAACAAACAUCAGGACAAGAACGCGCUGACACGCUGUUGCAAGCAAGCAGCCGAGGAGAUGAAGGGUGUGGCCAAGCGAGCUAACACUCUAACCUUCCUUCCUGCACGCUCGCACCGAGACGGCGUCGAAUUCAACAAUCUUGACUCCAAAGCCGGCCGCUUCGAACGCCUGCUACAGCUGUCACGGCGUAUGAAGAUGCACAUACUACAUCACGUUGCUCAAGACGGGUGCGUCACCCCAACCAUUGUAGAUCGGGUUGCUGCGCAGUUUCCCGGCAUAUCUCGUUACUAUCGCGCCGUAUACAGCGCUAUCAAGCAUGGGCGAGACUUGUACGCGCAGAACUCGGUUUCGCGUUCGGACCAUACCUGGCGAUGGCAGACGUCGGCGACUUUGUGCGACGCCAUACAAUACACCCUCGAUCUAGCCUCCUCUCAUCCUGCAUUCGAGGAUGCAGCUGCCAGGGCAUCUUCCAGUCCCUACAUGUGCCAUGGCAUGAUGCCGCCCUUCCUGCCUGGGUCCCACAACAUUGUCCUUGCAUGGAAACCAAACUGGUGGCUGAUACCUACAGAGUCUGAUCUGACCCUCGAGUCCUAUCUAGCGGACCCGUCGCGUCGCGAUCUUAUCGGCGAGAUCGACCCGCGCUCUGAACCAAUGGUGCCUGUCGCCUGGUACUUUUCUGCAACGUCCAUUGCUAUCAACUUUUUGAAAGCACUACCACCAACCGAUCGCAUAUCUCACCGUACGACAAUCAUAAUCAAAGAAGACAAGAGGGGCGUGGCAUAUCCAGAGUCGCACGUGCGGGGGCUCACGCCUUUCCUACUGGAAAAUCCACAUCUUCGUGUCGAACUACAAGUAGGGUUCUGGAACAACCUGAUGCAUCCAGUAUGGUUAGAAUCAACAAAGUAUCAUCGACGGAGCCAAACUGUCAUCCCCAAAGAGAAUAUGUUGCGCCCCUUUGCCGAUUUUCUGGACGAACUUGAAUCCUUCUCCGCCAACGGAGUCAACUCCAAUGCCCUCAAGGUAGUGAUCGAAGGCCAGAAGACCGAGUCAACUUUGUUAUGGGAAGUACUAAAGCACGCUGCCAGUCUGCAAGAGGCCCUGGCAGAAUCCGACUACAUAAAGCAACACCAUGAGAUCGAUCGCAGACUGGUCCGCUACGAGCCUGAUGACGACGAAACUUUACACGACUACGCUAUGAGAGACCGCUUCCAGCUGCCAUGUGAUCUCCCACCUUCUUUCCAUGCCAUGGUUCGCCGCAUCACUCUGGAUGAAUCCUUUAUUCAUUUUGAUGGAGAUACCGGUGCAUUAUGGGCUUCCACAAGAGAGAUCUCGGUUAGGAAGGCCUGGUCGCCACAACAGUUUUACGACGAGUGGUAUGGCUUCUUCGGAUACCAGUGCACAGCACUGCCGGCCGGAGGAGUCCCAGCCUUCUUCGCAACGUACGAGCUUCAGCAGCUACUAUGUGGAGCUCACCCAUGGAAGUGGGUGUCUUCAGAUGGGUUGGAAACCUUCGAGUACUCUCCAUCUGGAUUAACUGGCCAGAAUUACAUACCCUUUGUCAUAUAG